AUGGUAAACGUUCGCAACGCAAAUGGAGAUUUGGUAGCAUGCCGACUCCUAUUGGACACGGGUUCAGAAUUGUCGUACAUAUCUGAACGCUGUAUACAAACACUUGGUUUGGCUCGUACGCCAUCACGCAUACUGGUUACGGGAAUUUCAUCAAUCAAAGCUGACACUACAAGGGGAUGCAACACAAUACGCAUCCAAUCCCGUAUUUCGCAAAAUCAGCUGGUAGUCCAGGCUCAUGUGCUUGGAAGGAUUACAUCAUCAUUGGAAAGGCAGGCCAUCGACGAGUCUGCACUUCGAGUUUUCAACGAUCUGCAACUGGCAGAUUCACAAUUUAGCACAAAUGCUCCAAUUGACAUUCUUUUGGGCAGCGAACACGUUUGGAGCGUUAUAACUGGGAGAAAGAUCUACGACAACAAAGGAAAGCUCAUGGCUAUAUCAUCAAUUUUCGGAUGGGUAAUUACAUCACUGCUUUCAUCACGCGCAUGCAGCGCUACGGCACUUACAACGACAAUAGACAUCGAUGCAUAUCUCAGAAGGUUCUGGGAACUAGAGAGCAUACAACGCAAAGCAGAAGUCCAACCUGAAGACGAGGAGGUGGAGAAACACUUUCGUGCAACACACACUCGAGACGAACAAGGCAAGUACAUCGUGGAACUUCCGUUUAAAGUAUCCGAAACACAAUUCGCAGAUACACUUCAAGGAGCGCUGCGGAGGUUCAAAUCAGUUGAACGACGUUUGGCGCAAAAUCAACAAUUACGUAACGACUACGUGAAGUUCAUGAGGGAAUACCAGGAGCUAGGACAUAUGCGAAAAAUCUCACCGAGCGAAAUUCCCAAGGGUAGGAAUUUCUACUUGCCACAUCAUCCCGUAUUGGGUCGGAAACUAAGAGUGGUUUUCGACGGCUCAUAUCAAGACGCCAAAGGCAUGGCAUUAAACGACACGCUCUCGAUCGGACCGUGUGCUUGCGAUUCCGUAUGUACAAAUACGUCUUUUCAUCGGAUAUAG